CUUUUUUAUGUUUUAUUUUCUCGCUUUGUUUCGAUCAAGUCUUCUCUUUCUCUCUCUAUCCCUCUCUCUCUGGUUCAACGGGCAAAGUAUUUUUCGAAUAAAGUUUUGGUUUUUUUUUUAACGUUCCUUUCGCCUUCUUUCUUCUUCUUCUGCUGGUGAAUUCGUGUAUCUAUCUAUCUCGAUGAGCUCCACUUUUAAUCCAGCCGCUUCUUCUCCAGAUGAGGUUAGUUUUUGUGUAUCGAAUCUGAAUUUUUAAGGGUUUUGUUCUUGUGAUCAGAUUCUAGUGAAAUUGAGUUCUUUGUUGUUUGGCUCUGAUUCGAAACGAAUUUAACUUUAUUGAAACUAUAAAUUUUUGUGAUUACAAUUGUUAUAAACCCUAAUUUUGCUGUGGUUGGUGUUAAUGUUGAGCUGUUUACUGAAUUCGUGAUUUGUGAGAUCUGGGUUCUGUCUGCUUUGUGUUUUACGAUGAUUGCUUUUUUAGGGUUUCUCUGUUUCUUAUCAAAGUCUGGAUCUUUUUUUUCUUUCAUUGAGAUGAUGGAUCUUCAGGAAGAAACAGGUGAAGUGAAAAUUGAGGAUCAGUGUGUAGAAAAUAAGCAAUCAACACCUGCUUCGUGCUCUUCUGUAUCUGAAGGCAGUGCUGGUAGUUCCCACAAGUCACCUACAAUUGCAAGUCCUGCCACAGUAUCACCUACUCAUAGGUACCUCGGGAGGACGAGUGGCCCUAUAAGGCGAGCCAAAGGUGGGUGGACUCCGGAAGAGGAUGAGACAUUGAGACAAGCAGUUGACACGUUUAAAGGCAAGAGCUGGAAGAACAUAGCGAAAUCUUUCCCUGAUAGAACUGAAGUUCAAUGCCUGCAUCGGUGGCAGAAAGUUCUAAAUCCAGACCUUAUUAAGGGACCUUGGACACAUGAGGAGGAUGAGAAAAUCGUUGAACUGGUUGAAAAAUACGGGCCUGCGAAAUGGUCUAUUAUCGCACAGUCUUUACCAGGUCGAAUUGGGAAGCAAUGCCGAGAGAGGUGGCAUAACCAUUUGAAUCCUGAUAUUAACAAGGAUGCUUGGACCACAGAGGAAGAAGUAGCUCUCAUGAAUGCUCAUCGAAGCCACGGAAACAAAUGGGCUGAAAUUGCUAAGGUCUUACCCGGCAGGACUGAUAAUGCAAUAAAGAACCAUUGGAAUAGUUCAUUGAAAAAGAAGUCAGAAUUCUACUUAUUGACUGGUAGGUUACCACCACCAACAACAACAAGGAAUGGUGUUCCUGAUAGUGUAACCAAACGUUCAUCGUCUGCUCAGAAAAGGGUUUUUGGUUCAGUUGCUCAAACCUCAUCAGUAACUACAGAUGUAAACAAUCUCGCUGAAGACGGAAAUGGCCAAAUAAACUCAUCUGUUCCUGUCGAAGAAGUAGUAGCUGCUUCACGAAUGACUAGUCUUAAUGAGUAUGCUCGUUCUCCUCAGUUGCCUAACCCAGAGCCAUUGCCAGAGAAUGGUGGAGCUGCAAAUAAUGGUUAUCAUCUGUACUACACGCCUCAAAUAGACUAUUACAGGGCGUCAGAAGUGGAUACGCAGCGUAUGUAUGGGAAUGAAUGUGGUUGCAGUCCAAGCGCAUCACCAGUUAGCUUCUUCACUCCACCGCCGUGUAGGAAUGUGCACAGUAACGGUUCGACUCCAAGAAGUCCUGAAUCUUACCUGAGAGAAGCUGGUAGAACUUACCCAAACACACCAUCCAUAUUCAGGAAAAGACGACCCAGGGUUGUUGUUCAGGAUAACAACAACGCCAAGAAAACAGAUGAAGCUAAAGAGGUUGAUCAAAAGGUGAAUGAUGGUAAGGAUAGUUCAGAGAUUCAAAAUAAUGGAUCAAAUGCUUACAAUCUAUCUCCUCCAUAUCGGAUAAGAUCGAAAAGGACAGCAGUUUUCAAAUCAAGACAGCUUGAGUUUAUAUCUAGAGAGGAAGAGAAAGCUGAUGAUGAAACCAAAUCAUCUGAGAAAGAUAUGUUGAUUGAUGGAGAUUCUCAACUCCUAGGCUAAACAGUGACUAGAUGAUUACACGCUGAAUGUUGUUUCAUUGGUUAUAUUUUUAUUUUUGGGUUAAUGUUAGAGAUGUUAGAUGUAUUUAGUCCAAAGAAUAAUUUACACCUCAUAGUUGAGCUAGGUUUUUUUUUUCCAUAACAAAAAAAAGAUCUUCAGUAGUGGGCCAUAGAAAUUGGUGCAUGUUCUUGAUUAUUUGAUUGAUAUGCGUCUUUGAUUAUUUGAAC